AUGGGUGUCGGCAAGGGUUUCGAUGCUGCGGACUCAUGGAACGUAGCGUUGCUCUUCCUCAUCUACGCCGUGCUCUCCGUCGGCAUCGAGCACGGCGUGCACUGGAUCAAGACCAAGGUGAAGGGGAAGAAGACGCUGAUGCUGGUAAUCCACAAGGCUGAGGAGGAGCUGUUCCUGCUGGGCACGGUGAGCUUCCUCCUGCUGGUGUUCGAGGAAUCCAUCAUCAACAACAGCUGCGUGGACAGCAGCAUCUUCGACGGCGAUAACUGGGCGCUGUGCCACAAGGCCAAGUACGGGUACUACGGCUCGGGCACCAAUUCGACCGGCAGCUCGUACUCCGGUCGCAGGAGGCUGCACGGCGCCGUGGGCGGCGGCGACGGCAUCUGCCCCGACGGCGAGGAGCCCUUCUUCAGCGCCGCGCUCCUGCAUCACGUGCACAUCUUCAUCUUCCUCCUCGCCAUCUCGCACGUCCUCUACACCGCGGCGACGCUCACGCUGGCGCGCUGGAGGCUCAAAGUCAUGAUGUCGCGACGCACGGAGCACCUGCGCGUGACCAUGGAGCGCGUGGCGAAGGUCAUGGGAAAGGACGCGCACGAGAUCAACGCCGAUAUGGAGAGGCGCCGGAUGGAGGAGGUGCGCCAGUUCCGCCGCGCCGACGAGGGACUGUCGAGGAAGAGCUCGCUGCGCGACAAAGGCGGCGGCGGCGCGCCUCCGGAGUCUCUCCAGUCCUCCGCGGACAUGAAGGCGUACCGACUGAAGAUCGCCGACGCCACCACCGCCGCGCUCAAGGGCGACAUCGUUCACGAGCAGGAACUGCUCGGCGACAUCGCGGCCAAGUCGGCGCCGAAGAAAUCGGUGAGCUUCGCGUGGCGGCAAAGGACGACGGCGGCGCGAGAGGAUGGCCAAGAGUAUCGCAACUUGUGGACCAGGUUCCUGCACGGCAUUGCGUGGGAGGUGCCGAACUCGUCGCUGCUGUGCUUCGAGCUGCUCUUCCUCCGGACGCACAACAUCCACUCGUACAAGUUCGACUUUUCCUCCUACGUCAUGCAGUGCAUCGAGAGCAACUCCUCGGAGACUCUCGGGAUGUCCCCCGCUCGGUGGCUCAUCGCCACGGUGCUCAUCUUACUCUGGGGACCCUUCCGCGAGAUGAACCUGGCGGUAUCCGUCGUGUCGUUCGCGUCGCUGAUCGCGAGCGCCGCCUUGUUGAGCCGCAGAGUCGAGGCGCUGCUUCACAUCGAGCGCGUCGUGGGUCAAGUCACCGACGACGUGUUCCUCUUCCGACGGCCGCAGCUGCUGGAGGAGGUCAUGGUGGCGAUCAUGUACCAGCAGGCGUUUCACAUCGCGUCGUGGCUGUUCGGCUGGUGGAACGUCGGCAGCGCGUGGGACGGGUACUCGUGCUACUACGGCGAGGGGUGGGGACUGGCGGUGAGCGUCGUCGUCGUCGCCGCGUCGCUGGCCAUCGGCGGAUACGUCAUCCUGCCGCUGCAGGCGCUCACGUCGCAGAUGACCCCCAGCAAGCUCAAGGGCGACUUGCUCGGGCCGCACGUCAAGGGCGCGCUCGAUUUCAUGCUGCGGAAGAAGCGCCGCGUGAAGAAGUUCCCCACGGAGACGGACGCGGUCGUCCACAUCCAGCGCUGUUUCAGGAAGAGGCGGCAGCGCAACCUGGAGAUGGCGGGGAGGAUGGCGAUGAUCAACGAGGUAUCGCGAGGGAAUCGGAAGUACGGGAUGACGUGGGUGAACAGCGGGGGCGGCAGCGCGGACGGGACCCCACGGAGCGAGUCGCCCUCCGUGGCUGGCGACUCGUUCAUCGACGUCGACGUCUGACUCUGAGCGUCGUCGUCCGAGGGGGGUAUCGCAUGCGGACACAGCGGAACGGGGUCGCCUGAAUUGUAAUAUUUCAACUUGACAACUUUCAUUC